AUGCCUGAAAGUCAAGAUACAUCGUUCUGUUCACAAAUUUAUAUGUUUGAUUUGAAUGAGCAACUACAACGACAACAACAAUUAAUACCAAAUCUUGAUCCUACCAAACUUUCUCAACUUCAAACUAUUUUUCUGAA